AUGAUGCAUCGCCUCACCACCAGCUCUCUGCCCGUGCGGCUCAAAGCUAACCUCCUGCGCCGAAAUCAGGCUUACGACAUACCCUCACCAAACGAAAUGCUCAUGGACACGGGCGACUAUGUCGGCGUUGACAACGACCCCGAGAAGGAUCCAGUGGCCAUCAUCAACCCCGAUAACCUCGAGCAGGAAGGAGACCAGCUACAAGAUAUUCCUCUCGCCACCGACCAUGACGCCAUGAGAGAGCUGGUUCUGCCGCCUCUGGUCGACGAGCCCAAGAUCGUCGAGGAUGUCGAGCACACCUGGCAGAUCGACGACUGGCAUGCCCGGGGCAAGAAGGAUCACGGCCCUAUCUUCCAUGCUGGUGGCUACCCAUGGCGUAUUCUGCUGUUCCCCCAAGGCAACAGCGUCGACCAGUGCUCCAUCUACCUCGAACACGGCUUCGAGCCAGACCAAGUCCCCGAGAAUUGGAGCUGCUGCGUUCAGUUCGGCCUUGUCCUCUGGAACCCCGCAGACCCCCGUCUUCACUGCCACCAUGCCGCACACCACCGCUUCACGAAGGAAGAGGGCGAUUGGGGCUUCACCCGCUUCGUCGAACUGCGUAAGAUGUUCAAUGUUCCUUGGGAGGGUGGCAGCCGCCCAUUGUGCGAGAAUGAUACGGCCAACAUCACGGCCUACGUUCGUGUGGUAGAUGAUGAGACCGGUGUUCUGUGGCACAACUUCACCAACUACGACUCUAAAAAGGAGACGGGCUUUGUUGGUCUCAAGAACCAGGGCGCUACCUGCUAUCUGAACUCUCUUCUCCAGUCCCUUUACUUCACAAAUGCUUUUCGCAAGGCCGUAUACGAGAUACCCACAGAAAACGAACAGAGCAUGCAGAACAGCGCAUACACUCUGCAAAGGCUGUUCUACCAGCUUCAGACCUCCGACCAGGCUGUCGGCACCAAUGAGCUCACAAAGUCUUUUGGCUGGGAGACACGACACAUCUUCGAGCAGCAAGACGUUCAGGAGCUCUCCCGUAAGCUCAUGGAGCGUCUCGAGGAGAAGAUGAAGGGCACAAAGGCCGAGAACGUCCUUGCGCAGAUCUUCAGCGGCAAGAUCAAGACCUUCAUCUCCUGCAUCAAUGUGGACUACGAAUCAAGCCGCAUCGAAGAUUUCUGGGACAUUCAGCUCAACGUGACCGGUAACAAGACCCUGCUUGACUCAUUCAAGGAUUACAUCCAGGUCGAGAAGCUGGAAGGCGAGAAUCAGUACUUUGCCGGAGACCAAUACAAGCUCCAGGACGCCAACAAGGGUGUCAUCUUCAACAGCUUUCCCGACGUCCUGCACUUGCAGCUGAAGCGUUUUGAAUACGAUAUUCAGCGAGACAUGAUGAUGAAGAUCAACGACCGAUACGAGUUCCCUGAUGUCUUCGACGCCGCACCGUACCUCUCACAGGACUCUGAUAAAACCUCCGAGCCCUGGACCUACCAACUACAUGGCGUCCUCGUCCACAGUGGUGACCUCAAUGCCGGUCACUACUACGCUUUCCUGAAGCCCGAAAAGGACGGUUGGUUCUACAAGUACGACGACGACCGGGUAACGAAAGCCACGAUGAGGGAGGUGUUGGAAGAGAAUUUCGGUGGCGAGUACAGGACACCUAACGGGUACCCGCGCGCCCUCCCACAGAAGAAAGCACCUAUCAUGCGCCAGAACAGCGCCUACAUGCUGGUGUAUAUUCGCCAGUCCCGCCUCGACAAGGUCCUGUGCCCCGUCACUAAGGCCGAUGCCCCAAGACUGCUCCAGCAACGCUUCGAGGAAGAGACUGCUCUCAAGGAAGCUCGGAGACGGGAGCAGAAGGAAGCGCACCUUUACAUGAUUGCCAAGGUCGUUACCAAUGAAACGUUCGCCAACUAUAGUGGCACCGACCUAGGCGUCAUGGAUGCCGAGCCCGCAUCGGACCCUUCUGCACCUCUCUCAUACCGCGUCCUGAGGUCAAUGACUGCUGGCGAUUUUCUGAGAUUCCUUGCCUCCGAGCUUGGUAAGGAUCCCAAGAAGAUGCGCCUUUGGGUCAUGGUUAAUCGCCUGAACAAGACGAUUCGACCCGACCAGCCUGUCAUGGAUCUGGCACCGACUAUCGAGGACAUCUACUCGAAAUCGGCAGCCUCCCGAGAUACUUGCCUUCGUGUCUGGGUUGAAGAUGCGACCGAGGUGGACCAGGACGGUAAUGCCAUCUGGCCGUCGUACUCGAGUCAGCCCAAUGGAGCCCCCGCCAAGAACGACAACAUCCUCCUACUACUAAAGUACUUUGAUACGGAGAACCAGACCCUGAGGGGCGUUGGCCAUGCCUAUGUCGGAAAGGAUAAGAAGGUGGAAGAACUCGUGCCGUUUAUUGCCCAGAAGAUGGGCUGGGGCGACAAGCUGGAAGGCGAGGACAAGCUAUUGCUCUGGGAGCCUCUCAAGCCCAAGCAGUCCAUGAAGGCCGCCGAGCUCCAGGACGGAGACAUUGUCUGCUUCCAGAAAGCCCCCGAGAACAAGGAUCAGUCGGCUGAGAAGCCCACCUCCCAAGAGCACAAGCACUCAGACCGUUUCGAGGAUGCUAGGGAGUACUAUGAUUUCCUCGAGCACAAGAGGGUCGUCAAAUUCCUCGCCCACCCAACCAGGAACGAGGGAACGCCAUUUGAUCCCUUUGAAUUGGUGCUCAGUUCCAAAAUCAACUACGACACAGUCUCUGAAAAGGUUGGUGCCCAUCUCGGGGUGCCGUCGACACACAUUCGUUUCUGGACAGUAAAUGCCUCGACCAAUAACCCCAAGGCGCCGGUCAGGCGCAGCACCAACCCCACCCUGAAGCAGAUUCUGCAUCCCAUGGGAACCAACAGCUUCAGCUCGAGCCAGAGGAAUGAUGCCUUCUACCUGGAGAUCCUCGACAUGAGCCUGGCUGAGUUUGAUACCAAGAAGAGCAUCAAGGUGAACUGGCUCAGCGAGGGCAUCUCGAAGGAGGAGCAGUACGACGUGCUGGUACCCAAGUCGGGUACGAUCGAGGAUCUCAUCCAGGCUCUAAUAAAGAAAGCUCAGCUUCCUGACGAGACCGAAUCAGGAAGGAUAAGGGUGUAUGAGGCCAGCUCCAAUCGGGUUUGCCGCGAACCUCCGAGGGAGAAUGCUGUCUCGAACCUCAGCGACUACACCCAGAUAUACGCCGAGCGGGUACCGGAGGAGGAAGUUGGUGCCGAGGAGAACAACUUUAUUCAGGUGUUCCAUUUCCAGAACGAGGUCAACCGAACACACGGAGCUCCCUUUAGGUUCCUGCUGGUCGAGGGAGAGAAAUUCGCCGACACCAAGAAGCGCCUGGAGAAGCGCACAGGCCUGAAGGGCAAGAGCUUUGAGAAGAUUAAGUUUGCCGUCGUGAAGCGGUCCAGCUACUCGAAGCCGCACUAUUUGAAUGAUGAUGACGUGCUUUGGGAUUUGGCAGCAACAGAGGACGACUACCUUGGUCUAGACCACGUGGACAGGGCGAGGGCCAUGAGGAACGGGACGGGAGAUCUCUUUUUGCGAUGA